GCUGGGCGGAGCCGCCGGUUUUCACUUCCUUAUUGGACACAGCUAAUAGUGCUGCACAAUGAAAGUCCUCACUUUAUUGAGUUUAUUUUCAAUAUUUUUAUUAGCGAACAGCAUUAACAUCGAGGACAACGCAGGGCAGUUCUUCAGCAGUGGUCAUACUAACAAUUGGGCUGUUCUGGUGUGUACAUCCAGAUUCUGGUUCAACUACCGUCAUGUGGCUAAUACUCUGUCCGUCUACAGAAGUGUUAAGAGGCUGGGCAUUCCUGACAGCCACAUAGUUCUCAUGCUGGCUGACGACAUGGCUUGUAACCACAGAAACCCCAAACCUGCCACAGUGUUUAGCCACAAGAACAUGGAGCUGAAUGUGUACGGUGAUGAUGUGGAGGUAGACUACCGGGGAUAUGAGGUGACAGUGGAGAACUUCCUCCGUGUUUUGACUGGAAGGCUGCCACCCAGUACUCCACGCUCAAAACGCCUCCUCUCUGAUGACCGAAGCAACAUCCUCAUAUACCUGACAGGCCAUGGUGGGAAUGGCUUUCUGAAGUUCCAGGACUCUGAGGAGAUAAGUAACGUGGAACUGGCUGACGCGUUUGAACAGAUGUGGCAGAAAAGAAGGUACAAUGAGCUGCUCUUCAUCAUUGACACCUGUCAGGGCGCCUCCAUGUAUGAGAGGUUCUACUCUCCAAACAUCAUGGCUUUGGCCAGCAGUCAGGUUGGAGAGGACUCCCUGUCGCACCAGCCAGAUUUGGCCAUAGGCGUCCAUUUGAUGGACCGUUACACCUUCUACCUGCUGGAGUUCCUGGAGGACAUCCACCCUGCAAGCAAAGCCAACAUGAAUGACCUGUUCAAAGUAUGUCCCAAGAGUCAGUGUGUGUCCACUCCGGGCCACCGUACGGACCUUUUUCUGAGGGACCCAGGAAGUGUCCUCAUCACAGAUUUCUUUGGUAGUGUCCGCAAAGUUGAGAUCACCAUGGAAACUAUCAUCUUGCCCGACCCCAUCAAGCAGGUGGAGCAGAAUGCUGUGAAUACAGAGCUGCAAACAGAGAAGUACUCUUAUGCUGACCAGCUGCCAGUGUCUGAGAUUAUCCAUCAGAAACCAAAGCAGAAAGACUGGCAUCCUCCUGAUGGCUUCAUCCUGGGCCUGUGGACUCUAAUCCUCCUGGUCUUUUUCAAGACGUACGGCAUGAAGCACCUCAAACACAUCUUCUGAGGCCUCAAUGUUUACCCUGCUGGAUAACUGAGGACAUGAAGCUGCAGAUCAGGAGCUUUUACAGAAUGGAUAUUAGAGGAAUGGUGCAGUUUGUGACAGGCUUAUUUUCCUGAAAAUGGAAAAGGAGAUAUAUGGCAUCAGAACUGCUUGGCCAGAAACUGCAUGAUUGCCUUUUCCCCCCUUUUGGAUGAUUGCUCUCUACUGAUGAAAUGUAAACAUGUGUGUAUUAUUCCAAAUACUUGAAAGUCAUGCAUCAGAUUUGCGAAGCCACAAAUGUACAUGAGCAACAGUGGGAUCAUUUGAACUGUUUUGUGUUUUAUUUUUGACAAGGAAUUCAACUUAUGUUUAUUAAUUUUUUAUAUCAAAACUUCUGUUUUGUCAAGUCUUCCCUAAUUGCCUUGAUUUGGUUAAAAAAGCAGUGAAUUGAGUCAGCAGAUAAGAAUUUAAUUUAUUUUCGAGAGCGCACUGCUCUGCAUAUUUCAGCAGCAGCCUUUUUGUUUAAGUGCUGCUCAGAACGUCUGCACGGUCAAAAAGGGAAAAUGUGGGAUGAGUGCAGGCUGAUUGGCUGAGAGUGGGCUGUGGAGAGAUUACUAUUAAAUGUCUCCCCCUGACCAUAUACAUUACACCCCUUGACCGUCAUAUCACGCUUGUGAAGGAUAACAAUCACACAUAAUCUCAUCUCACAUGAUGGACCCAUCCACUUUCCCAUUCACCAAAUUGCCCUCGCUGUGGAAACAUCCAUUAGCUACCCCAGCCGUGUACUCCGCUGAUUGUAUUCUGGGUGAUGGACAGCUAUUUCCCCGGUCAUUCUAUGUCUCACGCUAUGGCAGCGAUAAGUGAGUGAUAACCUAGUAAGCCGAGGGCCGUCCCAAAUGAAUCUCCUCUGUGCUGGGACAUGUUUUCCUCCUUUUUUCUCUCCAUGUGUAACCACUCUGUAUUAGGCUCAUUGUUGGGGGGAGUGACUGAUGCUCAAAGCAUAUGGAUUAAACUUGCGGUACUUUAUCUUUGCUCCUUGGCGUGAGGACACGCCCAUUGGGUGCCCGCUGCAUCUCUCCCUCAUGGCUGAAGGGGGAAAUAGAUGAACCGUAUGAAUCUGAAGGCAUCUGCCGUAUCAGCCACCAAGUACCGUUUCUUACACAUUAUUUAUGCAACGCUUAUUUCUUCUCCCUUUUUCUCUCCCGUUUCUUAUUUCCUGUAUUCUCAUUCACCUUUCAGAGAGUUCAUUUUAUUUAAAUUGGUAGGAUUUUGAUACCCUCAUUUAAGAUGAAACACUUAAUAAAAGAAAUGUAUUUGUGUCUUUAA